AUGUCCUCGUCAAAGAGUAGGGUUUUCAGAUUGAGGUGUUUGAAUGACGAAAUAAUUGAAGUAAAUGAGGCUGCGGCCGUACUUUGUGAAACCAUCAAGAACAUGGUGGAGGAAGGCUGUGAGGGCGACGAGAUUUCAGUGCCAAACGUGACUGCCGAAAUCCUAGGCAAGGUGAUGGAGUGGUGCAACAAGCAUGCAAAGGGUAAAGAGACUAAAGAGGAACUCAAAGAGUGGGACGCUGAGUUUCUUAAUGUUGAUCUGUACCAUAUCUUCAUCGCCGCGGACUAUCCAUACAACAAGGAAUUGGUGGCUCUAGUUUCUCAAAAGGUUGCAGAUAUGAUCAGGGGAAAGAAAAUUGACGAGAUUCGUGAAGUGUUCAAGCUCAAGAAUGAUAUGCCACCAGAGCUCGUAAAAGAAGUAAUUGAUGGCAACCCUUCGAUAGAUUUUAUGUAAUGAUUUUAUGUUCAGGCCGGGAAGAAAAAAGAGUUUUGUUUGUUUAGGGUUUCUUUCAUGUAUUUUUUUUCUUUCUUCUUUCUGGUUCUUUGUUUUGAGUAAUACUACACUUAUCACAUUAUUAUCCCACGUUUCUAUACUACAUGAUGUGGCAUAUCCAUAUCAUCAUUCUUCAUAAUUCCACUUUAUAAAUCAAUCAUCAUCAGCCUA